GGUACUAGUGUUCUCACAACUUCGGUCCCAGCAACAUGAAAUUCUUCGCUAUCCUCUCGCUCGCCCUUCUGGCUGUGGCCUCCGCCGAUGUCAGCCACCUGACCAACACCUACCUGCCUCCCAAAUCGGCCGCUGCAUCCACCAGCUACGAGUCCUACCAGGCUGCUCCCGUCGAGGCCGCUGCCUCUGAGACCUAUGUUGCUCCCGCUGCCGCUGCUAGCACCUACGAGAGCGAGUCCUACUCCGCCCCAGCUGCAUCCUUCACCAGCGAAUCCUAUGCCGCUCCUGCUGCCGUCGAGGCCGCCGUUGAGACCGCCGCUGAGGAGACCAACGAGCAGCCCGCUGCCAGCUAUGUGGCUCCAGUGGUGACCAAGACCACAUACUCCGCCCCAGCCGUCUCCUCGUACUCCUCUUACUCCGCUCCCGCUGUGGUGGCCAAGACCUACACCGCUCCCGCUGUUGUGAAGACCUACUCGGCUCCUGCUGUGUCCACCUACUCUGCUCCUGCCGUGUCCGGAUACUCUCAGACCUACACCGCUCCCGCUGUGGUCAAGACCUACUCCGCCCCAGCUGUGUCCACCUACACCGCCCCAGUGGUGACCAAGACCUACACCGCUCCCGUUGUGGCCAAGACCUACACUGCUCCCGCCGUGUCCACCUACACCGCUCCCGUUGUGGCCAAGACCUAUACCGCUCCCGCCGUGGUCAAGACCUACUCUGCCCCAGCUGUGUCCACCUACUCUGCUCCUGCUGUGUCCACCUACACCGCCCCCGUGGUGACCAAGACCUACACCGCUCCUGUGGUGACCAAGACCUACACCGCCCCCGCCGUGGUCAAGACCUACUCCGCCCCAGCUGUGUCCACCUACACCGCUCCAGCUGUGUCCACCUACACCGCCCCAGUUGUGGCCAAGACCUACUCCGCCCCCGCUGUGUCCACCUACACCGCUCCCGUGGUGACCAAGACCUAUUCCGCUCCGGCUGUGUCCAGCUACUCGGCUCCCGCUGUGGUCAGCAGCUACUCCGGAUCCUCCGGCACCGUGUACGGCUCCAACGGCGGAUACGUCUACUAAAGACUGCAUCCCAAAACGAAGCUAAUCAUACGACGAAAACCUUUUUUUUUCUUACAAUAAAUCGAAUAUGC